AUUGAGCAGCUGUCAGAAUUCUUGAUGUUCUUUUUGGGUGGUUCUAUAUCAAAUCCAACAGCGCUUCAUGAUCACAAGUUCUGUGUCAAGCCUGAUGAUGAGGUCUACCGUCUGGCAAUCGAAGCAAUUCGACUAUAAGAUGAGCAUCAGAAGCAACCUGUUUCAACCCUCAUCCGCUCUUCAUCACUGGCCUUUUGCCUAUCCUUUUCAUCUAUAAUUUUUCCGAUCCCUUCAUCCUACACUCAUUAUUCCUAAAUCCACAAAGAUGCAUAUCUCCUUCGCUUACCUUGGCUUUGUGCUUGCUGCCUCCGCUGCUGCCAGUCCGCGUCAUUUGGCGCGAACCGAGACAGUUGCUCGGUUGAGCGUUCGUAGUGAAGAACAGGCCGGCGGCGACGAUCAUGUCAAGAUGAAGUGCUUUGGUGGCUGUGGUGGAGGUCUUCCUGUUCCAGGGCCCACUUCAUGCUGGAAUGCUCCCGUCGUCUUCCACGGCGGCGGUGGUUUACCACCCAUGAACACCUUCUUUUCCACCGUUCAAAGCUACACUGUCAUCACAUCCAACACCGUCAACAUCUGGAACGGUGGCCUAGACCCUCAAUCCAUCUUACUUCAGUUCCAAAUCAUGGUCACCAGUCUUUCAACUCUGUUCUCCACUUUACAAGGCGGUUGUUCCUUCCAAGGAAACCCUCAAGUCUUCAUCUCCACUUUUUCCCCGCUGAUCAUUCAAAUCCAAAGCAUGCUCACGAUCAUCAACACUCAAUGUGUUGGUAUUAUCGGUUCCUUCCAAUCCUCGUUUGCCGUUCUAUCUGUCUUGAUCCAAUCGAUCGUCGGUGUUGCAAUCACCUUCCAUGUCGAGGUUCAACAAUUCUUCUCCGCCUGCAACUUCAACCCUCAGCUCUGGUCACCUCUCGGUUUCCCAGUCGAUAGCUGGAUCCACGGAGUUCCAGGUGUAUUCCCCGGAGUUCCAGGUGGAUUCGGUCCAGGUGGUUUCCCAGGUGUUCCAGGUGGUUUCCCAGGUGGUGUGCCAGUUCCAGUACCUGGAGGUGUGCCAGUUCCAGUACCCGGAGGUUUCCCAGUUCCAGUACCAGGAGGUCCCAAUGGCUGUUUCCAAUCACUUGGUCUCCUCAGCACCUUACUCCACGUCCUCAUCGUCAUCCUCGACCCUCUCUUCCACGGCCUUGGUGCUCUCUUACAAGGAGUCGGUCUCUUGGUCGCAAACCUUGGUACCGCUGUGGGCGGUCUUCUUGACGGUGGUCUCCUCGGUUUGAUCUAGAAUCUUAGUCUUUUCGUUCAGAUCGUUGUUCGCGCUUCCCUUGUGCAGAGUUUCUUUCAGUCCGUUUCCCGUUUUUUUAGUUUGCAUCAUCCUUCUGGUAUUCCUACCUUGGGGCCUACUUCUUGUACACUUUGUUCUCAUGUCGGUCUACAUCCAAAUUGCUCUUAGCUUGUUCAUUGCGGACCUUUCAGAAGCCCACCGGCAACGGCAACGGCAACAUACAAUGCAUAAUCCCUUUUUAGUUCCUCUGCCUUAGUUUGUGAUACCUAAAGAAUAACAAUGAAUAUUGCUUAAAUUUAUGCCUCUCU